AAGCUCCGCCCUCUUAGCCACGUUCCACAAGCUUUCAAAAUGGCGAUUGAAAAGAACAUGUUUGAAAUCAAUUCUCCAUCGCGUAUUCCAGAUAAUAUUGGGGGAUUUUUUUUUCCAAAUGGGUCAGACUUGUCCAGGAGAGUUCCACAGAGAGGUCUCAACUAUUUCAAGCAAGGAUAUGUACAUGGAAUUAAGAUUUUGGAUGGAGCAGGACGCAAUAUCAAAGUCACAGCGAAAUGCUGGCGAUCGAUGCAAAAAACUUUGAUGCCUCAAAAACUUAAUAUUCAAAUCCAACAGGAUAAAAUAGUGGAGUCGUACUGCGCAUGUAAAGCUGGGUCUGAGCCCUCCCUGACUGCCUUUCCAAGAUUAAUAGGCCAGGUCAGCCUGUGAAUCUGUCACCGGUCCGCAUUAGACUAAUCUCCCCAGGAACCAUGGGAAAGUGGCACAUGCCUGUGGGUGCAGCUCGCUGUUCUAACAAGAUUUGGGAAGGCUGGUGGUGAGUGGGGUCACAUGCCCUUUUCCCUUCAAGGUUCCCAGGUGCCAGAAUGUUCCUGUCUCCACAAUCAUCUGAAGCGCUUGCAUACCUGUACUGAAGAGGCAGUUGAAGGAGACGCAAUGGUGAGGCGGUUCAACGUGGCAAUUUGAACCAUUAGGCCCAUCAUCCCAACAGAUUCUCCCCCUUCAUUGUAGCCUACGUUCCAGCAGCCUUUAUUGCUCACAUCCAUGUCCACAAGAGGAGCAACCAAACAUCAAACCCCAGCUCCACUGUGGAAGAUUAAAAAAUGUGUCAUGUGCUCGAGAUAUUUAAAUUGUGACCUUACUUAGAUCUUGACUUUAAUUCCUGUGACCCGUGACCACUUAAGCCAUUUAGAGACAUCCUGUCCAAACCGCAAGAUUACAAUUGAAGUAUCUUAACCAUUUUUUUUUCCUGGUCUUUUGAAUCAAUCUGGACUGAGUCAACUGGUAUGAGCAGGAUUGUAACCGGACAACUAAAAUACACCACGGUCAUCAGUGAUGGUGGUCUGCUCUGUCUUUUGGGUUUAUAUCGAUUUUUAUAGCAAGUUCUUUGGAAUUUGAAUUCCUGCUGGAGUUUAUCAAAUGUUUCUCACUCAAUGUGUUUGAGUCCACCCUUCCACAGUAUAGACACAGUUUUUCCAUAAAUAGUUCUCAUAAUCCUUCAAUUGUAAUCUCUGGGAAAAACGUCUUUGUGUGGUUGUAUGUGUGCCUGCAUGAAUGCAUAGCUCAUUUAUGCUCACUCUUGUUUAUCUUGAUUUAUUGCUAUUGUUCUUGUUUUUUUUUAUGUUUAGUUGUAGGUUUCCUUCCAAACCAGGAAAAUUCAAUUAAAAUGUUGGGUAUCCAACAUUUACAUCCAUCCAUCCAUCCAUCCAUCUUCUUUGCUGCUUAUCCUCACAAGGGUCGCGGGGAGUGCUGGAGUCUAUCCCAGCUGUCAAUGGGCAGGAGGCGGGGUACACCCUGAAUUGGUUGCCACCCAAUCGCAGGGCACAUAGAGACAAACAGCCGCACUAACAAUCACACCAAUUUAGAGUGUCCAAUUAAUGUUGCAUGUUUUUGGGAUGUGGGAGGAAACUGGAGUCCCCAAAGAGAACCAACGCAGGGAUGGGGAGAACGUGCAAACUCCACAUAGUUUGGUCCGGGAUUGAAUCCGGGACUGUGAAGGCGAUGCUUUACCAUCUGAUCCACCGUGCCACCCCCAACAUUUACAUAAUUUCUGAAAUGGGUGACAAGAAGAUCUUAGAUAAAACAAAGAAGACUGGGCAAAAAUAUCUUUACAGAGAUUUGAAAGACAAGUUGAGACAACACUUGAUUUAAAUUGUUGCCGUUGGCACAUUGACUUAUUAGAUUCAGGGGGCCAUUACCCUUUGACAUAGGACCAGGUAACUGAUUUUUUUUCCUUAAUAAAUUAAAUCACAAUUAAAAAAUUCCAUUUUAAAUUUACAUUGAUUAUAUUUAUCUGAUAUUCGCAUUUCUUUGAUGAUCUUGUUUGAGGUUAAGAAAAGAGAACAAAGAAAAGUCACAUAAACCACCUGGCCGUACAACCCUCUAUUGCCCGGUUCUUUUAUUCCAGUUGAGGUAAAAAUUCAAUGAUUUGGCUGGAUUGAAAGUUUAACAAUUUAUUUGAAUGUACAAAUUGAACACUCCUCGAGCCGUCACCUUAUCGUAGUGGAGGGGUUUUUGUGUCCCGAUGAUCCGAGAAGCUAAAUUGUCUGGGGCUUCACGCCCCUGGUAGGGUUACCGAUGGCAAAAAGGUCCUAGGUGAGGGACCAGACAAAGUAUGACUCCAAAACCCCUAUGACGAGUGCAAAAAUUGGAUCUCGGUUUCCCUUCCCCGGACACGGGUCACCGGGGCCCCCCACUGGAGCCAGGCAUGGAGUUGGGGCUCGAAGGCGAGCACCUGGUGGCCGGGCGUAUACCCAUGGGGCUCGGCCGGGCACAGCCCGAAAGAGUAACAGGGGUCCCCCUUACCAUGGGCUCACCACCUGUGAGAGGGGCAAUAGGGGUCGGGUGCGAUGUAAGCUGGGUGGCCAAAGACUGGCACCUUGGCCAUCCGAUCACCUCUUUGGCAGGGAAUCCGCCCGAGUUGGUACAUGACGCAGAGAAGUUCCGACUAGAUAUAGUCGGACUUGCCUCUACGCACCGCUUGAGCUCUGGCACCACUCCUCUUGAGGAGGGUUGGACUCUGUUUCAGUCCGGAGUUGCCCACGGGGAGAAACGCCGAGCAGUUGUGGGUUUACUUAUUGCCCCCCGGAUCUGGGCCUGUAUGUUGGGGUUUACCCCUGUGGAUUAGAGUAUAGCCUCCCUCCACCUGCAGGUAGCGGGACGGGUCCUGACUGUUGUCUGUGGUUAUGCACCAAACAGCAGUGCAGAGUACUCACCCUUUUUGGAGUCCUGAGAGGGAGUGCUGGAGAGCCCCCCCCACCCCCCCGGCAAAUCCAUCAUUCUACUGGGGGACUUCAAUCUCCAUGUGGGCAACGACAGUGAGACCUGGAAGGGCAUGAUUGGGAGGAUGACCCCCCCCCCCCCCGAUCAGAACCAAGUGGUGUUCGGUUACUGGCCUUCUGUGCUCAUCAUGGAUUAUCCAUAACGAACACCGUUUUCAGGCAUAAGGGUGUCUACAUGUGCACUUGGAACCAGGACACCCUAGGUCACAGUUUGAUGAUCGACUUUGUGGUCGUGUCACUGUACUUGCGACUGCAUUUCUUUCACACUCAUGUGGAAAGAGGGGCUAGGCGGUCAACUGAUCACCACCUGGUGGUGAGUUGCCUCCGAUGGUGGGGAAUAUGCCGGUCUGACACCGCAGGCCCAAACGUAUUGCGACGGUCUGGUGGGAACGGCUGGGAGGUUCUCCUGUCAGAAGUAAUUUCAACUCCCACCUCCGAAAAACUUUGCUCAUGUUCCAGGGGAGCCAGAGUCCGAGUGGACGAAGUUCCGCACCUCCAUUGUUGAAGCGGUCAACCAGAGCUGUGGCCGCAAGGUGGUUGGUACCUGUCAUGGUAGCAACCCCCGAAGACGUUGGUGGACACCUACAGUGAGGGUUCCUGUCAAGCUGAAGAAGGAGUCCUAUCAAGCAUUUUUGGCCUGUGGGACUCCCAAGGCAACUCAUAGGUACCAGUUGGCCAAGCGGAAUCGGUGGUGACUGUGGGAAAAACCUGGGCGUGGGAGAAGUUUGGUAAGGCCAUGGAGAACGACUUCAAGAUGCCUUCGAGGAAAUUCUGGUCCACUGUCCUUCAUCUCGGAUGGAGAAAUUCCCAUGUCUGUGAUUAUGCACUUGCCCAGCAGAAGAUUUAAUGCGCACACGUAGAAUCAAGAAAUGAAGCAUGACUCCAGCAUUUUUGCUGAAAUGUUCCGAGGCUUCUUGAAGCUUCAUCUGACCAUCACUGCCCAUUAGUUCGGUGCUUAGGAACCUCACUAAACAUGUUGCCUAGUAGGUAUGAGCCGCAGCCGCAGCCCGUCCACCAAGAGCCAGGAAUGCUAAAAUAAUGAGCGCCAGUACAGUAUCACCGACAGACCACAGGAUCAUGACUGCUAUGUCAUCUCAAUAAAUUAGAAUAUAUAUCUUCUAAUUUAGUGGGAUGUACCUGUAGAAAAAGGCUGGUUCCAACAGUUGGCAAUCAAUUGUUUUUAUGACUCGACUAACCAUAACCCAAACCCUUUUCUCCCGUUAUCCACCUGGGACAAAAUGGGGAUUAGGAGAGGUGGGACCUCCAAAUAAAAUUUUCCAUUACGGCUACAAUUUGGUCUGGGGUAGCCCUGCAUCUAUUGUAUACGUACACACACACACACACACACACACACACGUAUGAGCUGUACCUAAAGCACUUUGUGAGCACUCUCCAUAAAACGUCCCCCGUUACCGUUGCAACAAGUGACCAGGCCGACAUAUAAUCACGUAAUAUAUCCAAUACAAAUGACCCUGUCUUAUAAUCAUAAUAGAUUUUUAUUAUUAUACGGUUUCCCAGUUGGGGUCCACCCAUACCACUUUCCAUCCUUUUCUGUGAGGGUGUCAGUUCACACGCUUUCCUCAACGUCAGUGCUCACAUGCUCCUUCUUCGAAUGGAUAAGGAUCUCGCUGGGGCUGUUAGUUUGCGUGGGUGAACGCAUGCGGCUUUUUUCUAUCCCACGGAAAGUUUCCCGGUGCUGGAGUAUGGAGGAGUUGGCCAGAGAGAGCAUCAGCCUGCUGGCUUCAGCCUCAGUCAAACCACGGGUGGACCUGUCCAGCCCCCGGCUCGGAUCCCUGGGCGCCAUCUUCAUCAUGCUUAAGUCCGCAUUGGGCGCCGGGUUACUCAACUUCCCGUGGGCCUUUGAGAGAGCCGGGGGUGUCCACAACGCAAUCACUGUCGAGAUGGGCUCUUUAGUGUUCCUGAUCAGUGGUCUGAUCAUCCUGGGCUACUCGUCGUCCAUCAGUGGCCAGUGCACCUACCAGGCGGUGGUAAAGGAGGUGUGUGGCCCAGCCAUCGGUCAGCUGUGUGAGAUCUGCUUUGUUUUUAACCUUUUUAUGAUUUCCGUGGCCUUCCUUGUCAUCAUGGAUGACCAGCUGGAGAAGUUAUGCGGCUCCCUGUACGAGCUAGUAACUGGUUUGUCAGACUCAGAGAUGCCCCACCACUUCUACACCGAUCGACGCUUUGCCCUGGUGCUUCUGUGUGCUUUCCUUGUUCUACCUAUUUCUACACCCAAAGAAAUCAGCAUUCAAAAAUACAUCAGUGUUCUGGGCACUCUGGCGGCCACCUACCUGACCACAGCCAUCAUCAUCAAGUACCAUAUGAUGCAUUCUGUUCAGGUUCACCCAAACCCACUUUACAGCAGUGGCUCCUGGGCAUCCACCUUCAGCGUCAUCCCAACAAUCUGCUUUGGUUUCCAAUGCCACGAGGCAUCCAUCGCCAUAUACAGCAGCAUGGAGAACCAGCGUCUCUCUCACUGGGCCUUCAUCUCAGUGGUUACUAUGAUGAUCUGCCUCAUCAUUUACUCUCUCACAGGAGUUUAUGGGUUCCUGACAUUUGGGAAGGAUGUGAAGGCUGACAUUUUGAUGUCAUACAUGGGCGGUGACAUUCUGAUGCUCAUCGCCAGGCUUCUGUUUGGUGUCUCUAUUAUCACCAUCUACCCCAUCACCCUGCUGUUGGGCAGGUCAGUGAUCCAGGACCCUCUGCUCAGUUGUUGGAGGCGGCGUGGCCGCGUGGUGACGGUGGAAUUUGAAAGUCGCACUCGGUACAUGCUGACGUUCCUGUGGAUAACUGCAACACUUCUCAUCGCCCUGUUUGUACCAGACAUCAGUAAAGUCAUCAGUGUCAUUGGUGGAAUCAGUGCAUUUUUCAUCUUUAUUUUCCCAGGACUAUGUCUGGUGUUCGCCAUGCAGUCUGAGCCAGUGUCUUGGAAAACCAGAGUUAUCCUCACAGUUUGGGGAGUGAUAACGCUGCUAUGUGGUGCAUUCAUCUUUGGCCAGAGUACAACUAUCGCUGUCAUGGAGCUACUUGGAAAGGUCUGACACUCAAGACUAGAUUUGAGCUUUCCUUCCCAUAACACUCUCGUGCGGCGCUCUUGACAGGACUUUAUUGUAUCCUUGAAACCAGUUGCUAAGCAGUCUUCAUGACAAGAAACUUAGAGCCUGUAAAUGUCCAGUGCUUUUCUUGGUGUUCUCCACUUGUACUAUAACUUGAGUUAAUUACACUGUAAGGGUCACCUUCGACUUUUUUCCGAUGCUGUGUGGCAGAUGUAAUGUAGUUACAGCAAUCUUCUACUACAUAAUUACUGAUGUGUUCACCUUACCAAAUUAAGGUUCUAUAAUCAUAUUUCACUGUAAUUACAAUGUCAUUGUGGUCCCAUUUUGAACCUUAAUAUAUACCAAAGAGUUGCAAGCUUGGAAGGUGAUGAGGGGCAUAAAAUAUCUUUUCUUGUUUCCAAAGACUGUCAUAACAUCAUUUUUUAUAGUAUGUAAAAAAAAACUGCAUUUAAACUGCUGUAUAAAUGUUGCAAUAUUUUAAAUAAUAGUGAAGGUUUGUUUGAAAAAAGACCAAAGGAGCACAUUUAUUUUA